AUGUUACAGAUAAUGUCAUGUGGUGUGGUGGUGGAGGGUCGGUGUCACGGUUCGAAGUCACAGCUGGUCUGUUGUCACUUACCUACAUUAUCUUGUUACCAAUGUCUGCAAGAUGUUACAGAUAAUGUCAUGUGUUGUGGUGGUGGAGGGUUGGUGCCACGGUUCGGUGUCACAGAAGAUAAUGUCAUGUGGUGUGGUGGUGGAGGGUUGGUGCCACGGUUCGGUGUCACAGAAGAUAAUGUCAUGUGUUGUGGUGGUGGAGGGUUGGUGCCACGGUUCGGUGUCACAGCAGAUAAUGUCAUGUGCUGUGGUGGUGGAGGGUUGGUGGCACGGCUCGGUGUCACAGCAGGUCUAUUGUCCCUUAUCUCAGUUGUCGGUGCUGUGCUGACAGGAGGGUGGCUAUACACAAGAGAACCUCUAACUCUGCCAGGAUCCAGGACCAAAUCCUGUUGCGUCACAUUUAGGAUAGGUUUAUGGCGUGUUUGCGCUUCUCUCAAGAGAGUGCUGUCUUCCACUCUAUCUGAACCAUACAUUUUACUGCCGAUGCCGGGGUGUCAGCUGAUCCCAUACUCAGGGUGGCGGGAAGUGAAUGAGGCAGACCUGGGAAUAACGUGGUCAGCUCUAGAGUUCACACCAUCAUUGAUCACAAAAACGAGGUACGCCACUCCUUUGGUUGCUCUUGCUACUGCGAUGCUCAGUCUUGCAAACCUCUUGGUUGUGUCGAGUCAUUGCUUCAGUGACCUCAAGAGCCUGGCAGCUUGUGGCCUGUUUACUCUUGGUGGUCUAGUCCUCGCCUGUGGUUUGAUGGUGUUUGCUGCAAGUCUCAGCGAUGUAGUUGCGGACCGUAAUUUUCACAACCAUCUGGAACACCGAUACGGGGCCUCUUUCCACGCAGCUGCUGCCGCCUGCGUACUCUCCCAGGCAGCGGCUCUGCUCUCCAUUGUGGCUUUCCUUCGCCACUUUACGACUGUGGAGGAGAUGGUUCCUGGAGACGACUGUCAACUGCACACUCCUCCCGACCUCUGCUCUCAACAGAGACAUGUUCUGGUGCUCAAGCCUUGCUACACCACUGUCAUACACCAAGGGUUGCUUGGUGUUGCUGAGGGCUCUACAUCUUCCGGGUCCUCCCCGUCACUUCCUCGCCCGCAAAAUAGAUAUCUCCCUCCACGUCCACGUAGAGGCCCAGUUGAACCUAUUGAUUCACCCUCUAGUGAAAGCCAGAACACGUGACUUAUAAACCACUUAAC